AUGGUGCGCUUGGCCGCCGAACUGCUCCUGCUGCUGGGGCUACUGCUGCUUACGCUGCACAUCACCGUUCUACGCGGAUCCGGAGCCGCCGACCGGCCAGACGCGGCCGCGGGCAACGUCAGCGGGUCUCAGCUGCAGAAUAACCUCAACCUGGAGAGUGAUUCCACAUCAGAAACCAGCUUUCCUCUGUCCAAAGAAGUCUCGGGGGAGCACCAAGUUAUCCACCAACCCUCCCCCAGACAGCGAUUCCCUCAAGAGACUGGGCAUCCUUCACUGCAAAGAGACGGCCCCAGAUCGUUUCUCCUUGAUCUACCAAACUUUCCAGAUCUUUCCAAAGCUGAUAUCAAUGGGCAGAAUCCAAAUAUUCAGGUCACCAUAGAGGUGGUCGACGGUCCUGACUCUGAAGCAGAAAAGGAUCAGCAUCCAGAGAAUCAACCCAGCUGGUCCGUUCCGGUUCCUGACUGGCGAGCCUGGUGGCAGAGGUCCUUGUCCUUGGCCAGGACAAACAGCGGGGACCAGGACUACAAAUAUGACAGUACCUCAGAUGACAGCAACUUCCUCAGUGUUCCUAGGGGGUGGGACCGUCCAGCCCCAGGCCACCGGACUUUUGAAACCAAAGAGCAGCCAGAAUAUGAUUCCACAGAUGGUGAGGGUGACUGGAGUCUCUGGUCUGUCUGCAGCGUCACGUGUGGAAACGGCAACCAGAAACGGACCCGUUCUUGUGGCUAUGCAUGCAUUGCAACAGAGUCAAGGACCUGUGACCGUCCAAACUGCCCAGGAAUUGAAGACACCUUCAGGACAGCAGCCACCGAAGUGAGUCUGCUUGCGGGAAGCGAGGAGUUUAAUGCCACCAAGUUGUUUGAAGUUGAUAUGGACAGCUGUGAGCGGUGGAUGAGCUGCAAAAGUGAAUUCCUAAAGAAAUACAUGCACAAGGUGAUCAAUGACCUGCCCAGCUGUCCCUGUUCCUACCCCACUGAGGUGGCUUACAGCACGGCCGACAUCUUUGACCGCAUCAAGCGCAAGGACUUCCGAUGGAAGGAUGCUAGUGGACCCAAAGAGAAACUGGAGAUCUACAAGCCUACUGCCCGGUACUGCAUCCGCUCUAUGUUGUCCCUGGAGAGUACCACCCUGGCUGCCCAGCACUGUUGCUAUGGGGACAACAUGCAACUCAUCACCAGAGGCAAAGGGGCAGGCACACCCAAUCUCAUCAGCACCGAGUUCUCUGCUGAGCUCCACUACAAAGUGGAUGUUCUGCCUUGGAUCAUCUGCAAGGGUGACUGGAGUAGGUAUAAUGAGGCCCGGCCUCCCAAUAACGGACAGAAGUGCACAGAAAGCCCUUCUGAUGAGGACUACGUUAAACAGUUCCAAGAGGCCAGGGAAUACUAA